GUUGUGAUCGAACAUGUUUGGUCACAUUGCAGCCAACAUAUGUAUGUGUGCGUGAAUGUUCGACACCUGGUUACUAUCCAUUGAGUAGUUUCAAUGUGCGCGAACAUGUUCGAACCACGUGCUGGCAACACAAGAGAGCAACAGUUCUCUUUCGUUUAGUUCGCUGCGAGCCGUUCGACAGUACGCUUGUUUAAUUGUUGUAAGCAAAAUGAGUGCUGUACCGAAGACAGACGAAUGGAUGGAGUUCUUUAGUGUUUACGGUCGACUACCUGCUCUCUGGAAGGUCACUGAUGAGGGCUACAAAAGCAAACGCGCAAGGAUAGAAGGCUAUAAGAAACUCCUAAAGAGCUACCAGAAGAUCCACCCCGGUGCGAAUGUGGACAAUAUGCGACGCAAAAUGAAUGGCAUACGAGCUUGUUUUCGUCGCGAGCUGCGUAAAGUGGAGCGCAGUGAAUUAUCUGCCAGGAAUAAAGAUGACGUCUAUAAACCACAGUUGUGGUAUUUCAAAGAGUUGAGCUUCCUGCGCAAUGAUAUCGCGCACUUGCCAUUCGAAAUCGCGGAGGACACAAUCGACGUGGUCUGGGAGAAGGAGGACACUGACGAAGAGGAGCCGAUGGAUAAUUUUGACCAGAAAGAUGUGAUUGAAAUUGAACCCAUAUCAGUAGACAGCAGCCCGAUAGCAAUCAAUACUGCUUGUCCAGAUCCCAUAGCACCCGUAGCUUCCGUAGCACCCGUAGCUGCCAUAGCACCUCGAGCGGAGCAGCCGAAAGUAGUAGAUCAUCAGGUACGCGAUGAGGCCAACAUCUUUGCCGAGGGUUGGGCAGUUUCCUAUCGCAAGUUGGAUGCACACAACAGGCUGCUGGCCAAGAAGGCGAUCGAAGAGAUCUUGGUGUUGGGGCAGCUCAACAAGUUGCAGUUCAACUCUGUAAAAAUGCCAUAAUAAAUAAUAUUAAUAAAAACAAUAAUAUUUUGAAAAUACAUCAUUAUACAGUCAA